GCCUCCGUGCCCGCGCUCCCCGCGCCUCGUCCCCGCCCGCUCCGCGUCCUCGCCCCGCGCGGCCGAGCUGCGAGCGGCAAGAUGGCGGCGCCCAGGCCUCUGCCCGCGCGGAUGUCGGGCGUCCUGGUGCAGGCGCCCAUCCAGGACCUGGAGGCGCUGCGCGCGCUCACGGCUCUCUUCAAGGAGCAGCGGAAUCGAGAAACAGCUCCCAGAACCAUCUUCCAGAGAGUCCUGGAUAUCUUGAGGAAAUCAUCUCAGACCGUUGAACUGGCCUGCAGGGACUCAUCCCAGGUGGAGCACCUGGCUUCCAGUCUGCAGUUAAUAACUGAGUGCUUCAGAUGCCUCCGGAACGCUUGCAUUGAGUGCUCUCUGAACCAGAAUUCCAUCAGGAACCUGGAUACGAUCAGCGUUGCUGUGGAUCUGAUUCUUCUAUUCCGUGAGCUGCGGGUGGAGCAGGACUCCCUGUUGACAGCUUUUCGCUGUGGCCUACAGUUUUUAGGCAACAUUGCCUCACGGAAUGAAGAGUCCCAGUGCAUCGUUUGGGAGCGCGCUUUCCCAGAACUCUUCAUGUCUUGCUUAAAUCACCCAGAUAAAAAAAUCGUUGCCUACUGUUCAAUGAUUUUGUUCACAUCUCUGAAUUCUGAAAGAAUGAAGGAACUGGAAGAAAACCUCAAUAUUGCAAUUAAUGUCAUAGAAGCUCACCAGAAGCAGCCAGAAUCAGAGUGGCCGUUCUUGAUCAUUACAGACCACUUCCUGAAAAGCCCAGAAUUGGUGCAAGCCAUGUAUGACAAACUGACCAAUCAAGAAAGGGUGACAUUUCUAGACGUCAUGAUAGCCAAGCUGGUAGGUGACGAGCAGCUGAGCAAGGACGAUGUCCCUGUGUUUCUGCAUCAUGCCGAGCUGAUUGCCAGCUCUUUUGUGGACCAGUGCCGGACUGUGCUGAAGCUCACCUCCGAGCAGCACUCCGAGGAUGAGGAGGCCCUGGUCGCUGUUCGGCUUCUGGAUGUCCUGUGUGAGAUGACUGCCAACACCGAGCUGCUUGGCUACCUGCAGGUGUUCCCCUGUUUGCUUGAACGAGCGAUUGAUCUUUUACGACUGAUUCACAUAGCUGGAAAAGACAGCACGAACAUCUUCAGUACUUUGAGUAACAUAAAAGCAGAAGGUGAUGUCUCCAACAUGGCUGAGGGUUUUAAGUCUCAUCUCAUUCGUCUGAUUGGCAAUCUCUGUUACAAGAAUAGAGACAACCAAGACAAGGUGAACGAGUUGGACGGCAUUCCCCUGAUUCUGGACAGCUGUAGCAUGGAUGACAGCAACCCCUUUCUGAUGCAGUGGGUGGUGUAUGCUGUCCGAAACCUCACCGAAGACAACAGCCGCAACCAGGAUCUGAUUGCCAAGAUGGAGGACCAGGGCCUCGCCGACACGUCCCUACUGAAGAAAAUGGGGUUUGAAGUGGAAAAGCAGGGGGGGAAGCUGAUUCUGAAGUCUACUGGUGACGCCCCCCCACCGUGAGUGGCCUCUCUGUCCAGGCACGUGAAGUUUCAGAACCUGGCUUGUGGAUGUUUCAUGGUCUAGUACGCAAACGUGCCGUGUUUGAAGUAGAAGUACGGAUUUGGGACUGAGUGUCGUAGGUACAAGUCCCCGCGUUCCCCUUCCUCCGCAAGGGUGUCCCCGCUUCCCCCGCCUGCCGUAGAUGUGUGCUUCUGUGCUAAUCAUUGUAUUCACUGUGCAGCAAAUAAUAAACGUCUCUGAGGGCACAGCCCCUGUUUGGCAAAGACAGGAA